UAGGACCUGAGCGACUUGAAGUUUCUCGGAGCUAGAGCCCUAAACCGGCGCUGGAACCAUCCUCCACUCCUGCGAAGGGGGCGGGGCCCGGGAGAGUGACAGGGGCAGUCGAAAUACGGAAGCGAGGGUCCUCCAAGACAGACCAGAGCGGCCCUAUUGGGCCAGCGUGGCGCAGUGUAGAGCUAGACCAGCCUGCAGGAGGAGUGGAGUUGCCGAGGUCGGAGAGUGUAGGAGGCGGGCUAGAGCGGCCGGAGGGAGGAGUGGAGCUGGACGCAAAGGCGGCCUCUGGCUCGGCUAGAGCGACUCUGCGGCGCGGGUGGGGGAACCUGGAGCUCGAGCGCGGUUCCUGAGGCUGCAGUGGCUUGCUUCUCUUCCCAUCCGACAGCCCCGUGGAGUCCUGGAGAUGGGAGAAGUCGCCGGAGGGGCGGCCCCAGGGCCUCCCCGGUCUGGCCUGGUGUCCAUCAUCAUCGGGGCUGAGGAUGAGGACUUUGAGAAUGAACUGGAGGCGAACCCAGAAGAUCAAAACAGCCAGUUCCAGAGCCUGGAGCAAGUGAAGCGUCGCCCAGCCCACCUCAUGGCCCUCCUGCAGCACGUGGCCCUGCAGUUCGAGCCAGGACCACUGCUCUGCUGCCUGCAUGCAGACAUGCUAAGCUCACUGGGCCCCAAAGAAGCCAAGAAGGCCUUCCUCGAUUUCUAUCACAGUUUCCUGGAGAAGACUGCGGUUCUGCGGGUGCCAGUCCCUCCCAGCGUUGCUUUUGAACUUGGUAAGAGGGCUAAGUCUGGGGAUAAGGGAGGGUCUCUGGCAGGGACAAGCUUCCCCAGAAACCCGUGGUGUGGAAGCCAUGAUUCAGUCAUUCAUUCUUGGUGUUGGCGUCCCAGGGAAAUACUGGAAUUUGUGGGUGGAGAUGGUGAUCCAAGUAGAGUGGGAGCCAGGCCCCCUAGAAUGUGGUCCCUAAUCCUUGCAUGCAUGUCUAUAGAUCGUACUCGACCUGAUCUCAUCUCUGAGGAUGUCCAGAGGCGGUUCAUACAAGAGGUGGUUCUGAGCCAGCAGGCAGCCGUGACCCGUCAGCUAGAGGACUUCCGCUCCAAACGGCUCAUGGGCAUGACACCCUGGGAGCAGGAACUGAGCCUGCUAGAGCCCUGGAUUGGGAAAGACCGGGGCAACUAUGAGGCCCGGGAGCGGCAUGUUGCAGAGCGGCUGCUCUCCCACCUAGAGGAAAUCCAACAUACCAUCUCCACAGAUGAAGAAAAAAGUGCUGCUGUGGUCACUGCAAUCAGCCUGUAUAUGCGCCACCUUGGGGUCCGGACCAAGAGUGGGGACAAGAAGUCAGGGAGGAACUUCUUCCGGAAAAAGGUGAUGGGGAAUCGGCGGUCAGACGAGCCCCCCAAGACAAAGAAAGGGCUGAGCAGUAUCCUAGAUCCUGCCCGCUGGAACCGGGGAGAGCCAUCUGCUCCAGACUGUCGACAUCUAAAGGUCGAGGUUGAUGAGAAGCCAGGCCCUGCAGACCGGAAGGGAGGCCUGGGUAUUUCAUCUCGGGACAGGACUGUUGGGACUCCCGGGCAGGACAACCCAGGAGUCUCCCUGCACCCUCUGUCUGUAGACAGCCUGGAUUCCCGGGAACCAGGUGUGGAUACCCCGCAGGAGCCAGGGGAUACACCCCCACAAGGCCCUACAAGCCUGGAGCCCCUGGCACCCCCAGAGAGCACGGAGGACAAUGGCGAGACUGAAAGAAGGUGGAAGAGGCUAUCAGGGCGUCUGGGGCGCUCAGAGAGCCUGCGGGUGAGUGACCGCCGCCGGCCUUCCCGGGGCAGCCUCGGGGCUAAGGGCCGGGGUGGGGGCCGUUCCCGGAGCGACGUGGACAUGGACCCGGGCUCUGCCACGGCCGUGCUUGGCCCUACCCGACGAGCCACCCCUGAGCCUGGAGAUGAUGGAGAGCCAGGGCGGUCAGGCCUGGAACAGGAACCAGAAGAACCUCCUGGGUGGAGGGAACUGGUGCCCCCAGACACCCUGCUCGGCCUGCCCAAGAACCAAGUGAAGCGGCAAGAGGUCAUCAGUGAGCUGCUGGUGACGGAGGCGGCUCACGUGCGCAUGCUACGGGUACUACAUGACCUCUUCUACCAGCCCAUGGCAGAGGGGGGCUUCUUCCCUCUGGAGGAACUGCAGAACAUCUUUCCCAGCCUGGAUGAGCUCAUCGAGGUGCACUCCCUGUUCCUCGAUCGCUUGAUGAAGCGGAGACAAGAGAGUGGCUACCUCAUUGAGGAGAUCGGCGAUGUGCUACUGGCCCGGUUCGAUGGUGCUGAGGGCUCAUGGUUCCAGAAGAUCUCCUCCCGCUUCUGCAGCCGCCAGUCAUUCGCUCUAGAGCAGCUCAAAGCCAAGCAGCGCAAGGAGCCUCGAUUCUGUGCCUUUGUGCAGGAAGCCGAGAGCCGCCCCCGCUGCCGGCGGCUGCAGUUGAAGGACAUGAUCCCCACUGAGAUGCAGCGUCUGACCAAGUACCCACUGCUGCUGCAGAGUAUUGGGCAGAACACAGAAGAGCCUGCCGAGCGGACGAAGGUGGAACUUGCAGCUGAGUGCUGCCGUGAGAUUCUGCACCACGUCAAUCAAGCUGUCCGUGACAUGGAGGACCUGCUGCGGCUCAAGGAUUACCAGAGGCGCCUGGACUUGACUCACCUGCGGCAGAGCAACGACCCAAUGCUGAGCGAGUUCAAGAACCUGGAUAUCACUAAGAAGAAGUUGGUCCAUGAAGGCCCCCUCACGUGGCGACUAACCAAAGACAAAGCUGUAGAGGUCCACGUGCUAUUGCUGGACGACCUGCUGCUGCUGCUCCAGCGCCAGGAUGAGAGGCUGCUGCUCAAGUCACACAGCCGGACGCUGACACCCACACCCGACGGCAAGACCAUGCUGCGGCCUGUGCUCCGGCUCACCUCUGCCAUGACCCGGGAGGUGGCCACUGAUCACAAAGCUUUUUACGUCAUUUUUACCUGGGACCAGGAGGCCCAGAUAUAUGAGCUGGUGGCACAGACAUCAUCAGAACGCAAGAAGUGAGUCCCCAAGGAUGGUGUGCA